UAAAGUCAUUUUAUCUUUUUGAGUUCGUUUGAAUCGUCUCCGAUUCUUGUGCAGAAUAAAGUCUAAUCCCAGUAAAACGUUUUCUAUAAGUACGUGAAGAAUAAUAUCCAUUUAUCCUGCAGGAAUCUGAUUGUACUUUUAGUUGGAAUAGAAUCUGCAGUACCUUGAUAACAAUGGAGGCUUCAAUCCUCCCACAUGAUGCUCUCUUUCUCGGCUUUGAUAGUUCAACUCAGUCGAUGAAGGUGACUGUGCUAGAUGCCAAUCUAAAUAUUGUCGCUACAGAGAUGGUCAAUUUUGAUUCUGAAUUACCACAUUACAAAACCAAAGAUGGCAUUUAUCGGGAUACUUCAAUCAAUGGUAGAAUAGUUUCACCCACUUUAAUGUGGGUGGAAGCUUUGGAACUUGUCCUCUGCAGACUUGAGAAGUCCAAGUUUGAUUUUGGAAAGGUCUUUGCUCUUUCAGGCAGCGGGCAGCAACAUGGUAGUGUGUAUUGGAAGAACGGGAGUGAUAGAAUAUUGUCAUCAUUGCAUCCCAAGACAGCAUUGAUUGAGCAGCUUAGUGAAGCUUUUUCUACCAAAGAGUCUCCUAUAUGGAUGGACAGUAGCACCACUAAGCAGUGCAGGGAAAUCGAGAAAGCUGUUGGAGGUCCAUUGGAAUUGUCUAGAAUAACCGGUUCUCGUGCCUAUGAAAGAUUCACUGGCCCACAAAUAAGGAGGGUAUAUGAGACAUAUCCUGAUAUCUAUAAGAGUACAGAAAGAAUCUCCCUUGUUAGCUCUUUCAUGGCGUCCCUGUUUAUUGGAGGUUAUGCUUCUAUUGAUCAUACUGAUGGGGCCGGGAUGAAUCUAAUGGAUAUCAAGCAGAGGGCUUGGUCAAAGCCAGCUCUUGAGGCAACAGCACCAGAUUUGGAGGAAAAGUUGGGGAAAUUAGCCCCUGCAUAUGAAGUUGCAGGUUACAUUGCUCCUUAUUUUGUGGAGAGGUAUCACUUUAACAAGGACUGUUUGGUUAUUAACUGGUCUGGAGAUAAUCCAAACAGCCUGGCAGGUUUGACUCUUAAUACUCCUGGUGACUUGGCAAUUAGUCUUGGCACAAGUGACACAGUUUUUGGAAUCACCACUGAUCACCAGCCCAGCCUGGAAGGGCAUGUCUUUCCCAAUCCUGUGGAUACACAAGGUUACAUGGUCAUGUUAUGCUAUAAGAAUGGUUCACUCACUCGUGAAGAUAUACGGAAUAGGUGCGCAGAAAAAUCUUGGGACAUCUUCAAUAAACAUCUAGAGCAAACACCACCUCUGAACGGUGGCAAGUUAGGCUUUUAUUAUAAGGAGCAUGAGAUACUUCCUCCUCUUCCUGUUGGAUAUCACCGCUACGUUCUUAAGAAUUUCACGGGAGACACUCUAGAAGGUGUAGAAAAAUGUGAAGUGAAAGAGUUUGAUCCUCCUUCGGAGGUUCGGGCAGUUAUUGAGGGACAGUUGCUUUCUAUACGAGCUCAUGCAGAAAGAUUUGGAUUACCUUCUCCUCCAAAAAGAAUGGUUGCCACUGGUGGGGCUUCGGCUAAUAGUACCAUUCUGAGCAUGGUAGCUUCCAUUUUGGGUUGUGAUGUUUAUACCGUGCAGAGGCCUGACUCAGCGUCACUUGGGGGUGCUUUAAGGGCAGCUCAUGGUUGGCUGUGCCACAAGAAGGGAAGGUUUGUACCCAUCGCAAGCAUGUACGUGGAUAAGAUGGAGAAGACGUCCCUCAACUGUAAACUUGCAGUCAAAGCGAGUGACGAAGCCAUUGGUGCCAAGUAUGGUUUGCUGAUGAAGAAGAGAGUAGAAAUAGAGAAUGAGCUUGUUGAAAAACUUGGGCGUUUGUGACCUUUCUAGCUAGCUAGUAGGAAUAAUUAUAUAGGAAUAAUUAUGAUUAGUUUACGUAAUAAUGAGAUCGAUUGACAAUAUACUAUUUUCAUGGUCUAGUUCUUUUACACCGAAUUUUAAGUAGGGGGCACUAUCAAAUAAGCUUUCGAAUUUUCAUAAAAAGUGCAAAUAAGCCAUUUUUCAAGAGGCUUUGUCCGGCUAUCGCCGUUUGGGGCGGUUUCCGGUGGAAUUUUUUGAGCAUUUUCUUCAUUAAGUCUAGUUUACUCAUACCAAAUUUCAGCUAAAAAUUCAAUCGGGAAGGAAAUCAAAUGAAUUUUUGAAGAUAACUGCGCAGUUAGACAGCUCAGUAUAUUUCAGAAAAUCAUUUGACUGCCUUCUUGAUUGCUUUUUUAGCUGAAAUUUGGUAUGGGGAAAGUAGACUUAAUGAAGAAGAUGCUCAAAACAUUUCAUCAAAAAAUUAUACUAGAAACCGUCCCAAAUAGCGACAGCCAGACAAAGCCUCCUGUAAAAGAGUUUAUUUGCACUUUUUAUGUAGUUGUUCAGAGUUGAUCAAAUUUAUGCCCCAAAGUUGCGAAGUUUUAACAUUAUCAUCAUCUCUGUUAGAUCUACCGAUGUAUCGGCUCGGAGCACAUUUUUUACUAAACUUGACAAAAAUAUGGCAUUGACAAAAAUACUAUGAGA